AUGAACGGCUACGGCUCUCCGUACUUGUACGUGGGCGCGCCGGUGUCCCAGCCGCCACGGGCGCCUUUGCAGCGUACUCCCAAGUGCGCUCGCUGCCGCAACCAUGGAGUGCUGUCGUGGCUGAAGGGCCACAAGAGGUACUGCCGCUUCAAGGACUGCGCUUGCGACAAGUGCAUCCUCAUCAUCGAGAGGCAGAGGGUGAUGGCCGCGCAGGUGGCCUUGCGCCGGCAGCAGGCCAACGAGAGCCUGGACAGCCUCAUCCCGGAGGCCCUCAGGGUCGUGCCCGCAGACGGGACUGCGGGGCCGGCCCCUACGGCGACAGCGGCUGCGGUCGCAGCCGGGGAGCCCGAAGCCAGAUGGAAAAGUGCCGAGGAAAGACGAGAAAGUCCCGAGGACGCAAGCGGGGAGAUGUCCGGUGCGGAGACGGGGGGCAGCCCCAGUGAACGGGAUCGUGACCAGGCCAGCUCCCCUGAGGGUUCCAAACCAAACUCUUGCUACACUCCAGAGCCCUCGGACAGCCACCCAGAAGAGAAAGAGGCCAGGGCCGAGAGCCCCCACAAGAGCCCCGCCAGUCCUGGGGGGCGGGCAGUGCUCAUCGAGGGUCUGGCCAGUUCCAUUAACCUACCAUUAGGUCUCAGAGCCAACCGCCCGCCCUUGGAAGUUCUCAAGAAGAUCUUCCCGGGCCACAAGGCCCCCGUUCUGGAGCUCAUCCUACGUGGCUGUGGGGGGGACCUGGUGGGUGCCAUUGAGGUGCUGCUGUCCAGCCGGGGUCCGGAAGGGGGUACGCACCCACACGCUGAGCCGCACCCGGACCCCCUAGCGCUCCCACCCAGCGGGCACCCCUUCGAGCACAACCUGGGCUCCUACCACCCGGUGACAUCUUCCGCCAAGUGGUCAGUGGGUUCCGCUUUCAGGGUGCCAGACUCGCUGCGUUUCACGUCCGAGACGCCCACCCUGGGGGUCCCAUUGCAGCACCCACGCUACCCGUUAGUGUUGCGCAACUCUCUGAGCCGGGGUCCGGGUGGUGCCCUGAUGCACAAUGAUGUGACCCUGUGGAACACCAUGGCCCUGCAACAGCAGUACCAACUGCGCUCAGCCGCCGCUCAAUACGUGUCGCCCUUCGGCCCGGGUGCCACUCCCGGGGGCUCCGUCUUCCGGGGGGCCUCGCUGCUACAUCAACACCACCCUAGAGUCAGCGAGGAGCCGCGUGGCAGCAUUCAGGAGGGGGAGGGCUGCGGGCCCGGGGCCAAGGGAGCCUUGUAUUCGCCUGACGAGGACUACGAGGAACGCUCGGACUCGGCUGAUUCGCGGAUCAUGAACUCAUCCGGCUAG